AUGACCAAAACCAUGGCAACAGCGGCAAACAACAACAACAACACCAACAUCGAAGAUACCAUCGACUCGCGCGAGUUCAUCGCGAACCCUCGAAAAGUAAUCGCGGAGAAGCUGUUCACCGCGUACGGUUUCAAAAGUGUAAGCGCUGCAACCUCGUCUGCGUUGGAACCGAUCGACGGCGAUUGGAACCUUUCGAAAGUGCUCAAAAAAAGCAUCUCGGAGAGCGAGGAGGAGGAGAAGGACGCGACGAAGACGACGAAGUGGUUAAGUAUUCCAGAAAUAAACCACGCGGAUGGGAAAGGCGUCGGGAUUGAAAGCGUACCGGAAGGGAAACUGUGCCGGUUUCGGUGCGUGGUGCAAGAUAUGAGAGACCCGGAGUAUUACGUGGGAUGUUUUAAGAGCAAGAGAGCGAGCUCGGGGUGGCAGACGACGAAGUUCGCGGAACACGGCGGCGACGAGACGUCGAGAAUGGAGGAAGAGGACGACGAGGAGCGUUUGUUUACAUUCGAGAACCCGCAGCAGCAGUCUUCGAACGUUCGGAUGUGGGAGAGGAAGGUGUUCUAUUGCGUCCCGAUACCGGGCGAGGCGAAGUGGGUGCAGGAGAGAGAUUGUUUGGAGAGAGAAGAUACGCACUCGAACGGCGAUGGGGUGGUAGAUUUUACGAGCAUCGGCGGUAAUACUGGUGCGAGCGUGGGAGGAGGAAGCGCGAAGAAGAGAACCCGAGAGGAGAAUAACGAGGAGGAAAAAAUUAAAGACGACAAAGAGGCAAAGAUGAAGGAAGAGAAAAACGAGCCGGCGAAAUCUGAAGACACCAUGGAAGCGAUGCCAAUAAAUGGGUCGCAGAAAACGGAAGAUUUUACUGCCAUGAAUAAUAAGAAUCGAAAUAAAAGUUUCGCCAGAGAGACGCUGGACGAGGCGAGGAAUUUGCCGUUACCGAACGACCAGCGAGGACCGUGUAUCGUUUGCGUGUACGAUUCACCGGAGGAUGACGAGGGCGACAAGGAAAAUAAUUCGGAAACAAUGAAUUCAGCGACAAUUACAAAUCCACCAUCGAGGAGGUCUUCCACGCAAUUGAAAUUGAACGACAUCGUUGAGUUUUACGGCGUUUUGAGUCUCAAUCCAGAACACGCGGCUGAAGCGUUUGGGAACAUUGGAUUGAACGAUAGUAUCGAGGAGGACGGUGACGGCGCGACUACGACACAACCUUCGGACGAUGACUUUUACGGACACGCAGAAAGGGCGGCGUUGUUUCCAGCGAGUUCUAUCGCGCCAAGGUUCCACGCUUUCGGCUUUACAAAGUUGAAACUCGAAGAUCUCGUUUUGAAGACGCCGGCGGAGCGUUAUCUUUUGGACGAGGAGGAAAACGUCAAAGAAGCGUCGGCUUCCGUAUCUGUGGUGCGACCGUUCGACGCUGCAACAACAAACGCGAUGUGCGAAAAGAUGAUCGAUAUUUUCACCGAAGCGCUCGGUGGAGAUAAAGUUGCCGCGAGUUACGCUUUGUUCCUCGCGUGCGCGAGGAUUCGUUUACGCACGGAUGAAUUCCCAGUCGGUUCAUUGUGCGUCAACUUUUCGAUCGAUUGUGCGCUCUCAAAAGAGGAUGGAGAGAGCAAGCGUAAACGUAACGACAAUCUCGUCAAUGCACUCGCGUCUGCGUUGCAAUCUCUUUGCCCUGCGACCGCGUGUUUAUCCGUAGACGUUCCUUCGCUCAACGCGCGAACGUGGGUGCCUAAAAAAGACUACGACCGUAAUCGUUUACGCGCUGGACCUUUACAGCUCGCGGACGGUACCGUUUGUGUCUUGGACGAAACGAAAUUACAAACGGGUAUUCUCGCAGAAACUGGCGUGAAGAACGCCCGAGCCGUGAAGGAUAUCAUUCAAAUGCAAAAAGCGGAGUACGAUUUCGAUUACCAUCAAAUGUCUUUGCCGACGGAUAUUAGCUUUGUCGCUGUUUCCGAAGGCAAGUCGAUUUUAUUUAGCGAAGACACGGAAGGGUUAGUCGUCCCAUUACGCCCGACGAAGAACGAAUCCAACACAACGCUCUUGUAUGCCCUUGACAAACAAACUUUGGACGACAUGCGAACGCUCGUUGCGUUUGUUCGCAACGCGCCGCACAUGGACAUUUCGGAAUCGUGCGGCAAAACCAUCGAAGCGUCCAUGGUGCAAAAAAGACAAGACGAUCCAAAAGAAGCCACGCAAGCGAAAAUGCACUCGUGGUUAACCAUGUCCAGAUUGCAAAGUUUACUCAAAGGAAGAAACGAAAUCACGGUGGAUUCUUGGGAGGAAAUCAUGGAACUCGAGAGAACGGUGAAGAAUCGACGCCGCGUUCUGUAG